UGACGGAAGGAGUUGGCGCGCAGCGGUGCCUAGUGGCGCUGCCAGGCUGCUCCAGAGUACGUGGCAGAGCCCACAGAGGGGCGGGGAGGAGGUUUGGCCUUCUCCUCCCCUGAAGGAGCCUUGGGGCAUCCUGCAAAGUCAGGGCGAUCCUUAAGUGGAUCAGAGCAUCUUUUUGGUGAGAUCUGGGCAGAUGAAAGUGUAUGCAGCAGUCAGCGUCCUCCUCUACGUUCCGUACCCACCGAAAGCCUAGUCAGCGUUUGGCCGCCAGCAACGGUAACCGGAUUUGGGGCCAGGGGACGCCCUCCCUAGUCCGCAUGCGCAGAGUAGGGAGCCUGCUGGCACGACUACAACUCCCAGAGGAACCUCGCCGAGCCGCAGGCGCUCGGCCGCCGGCGCCAUCUUGAAAUCUGAUGCUCAAUCGGCCUGGCUUUGCGUCAGCCCUAGGCGGCUGCUAGAGUCCCGGAUCCCAGCCUGCUAACCCGGGAGGACGUGGAGGACGCGGCGGCGGGAGAGACAGCUGUGCGAGACUUGGCAAGGUUGGACCGGGACCCGCGCUGCUGUCAAUCAGCAUCCCCCUGCGGCGUUUCCACUCCUGCCCGGCUUCCCCAGGGGCGGGGCCGACCACUGUGGUACCCAGAGCGGAGCGCGGUGCUGAGGUUCCCCCCUGCGGGGUGGGGACCUCCACAGAACUGUACCAUGCCAGCUAGACACCUCCGAGGCCGGAGACGGAACGCAACCCAGGGAUAGUGAGCGAUCACUCAGUAGCUGCCACAGGAAAAGCUCGGCACCCGCUAGCAGAGAAGAUGAAGGAGGUUUGCAGGAUCUGUGCCCGGGAGCUGUGUGGAAACCAGCGGCGCUGGAUCUUCCACACGGCGUCCAAGCUUAACCUCCAGGUUCUGCUUUCGCACGUCCUGGGCAAGGAUGUCUGUCGCGAUGGCAAAGCCGAGUUUGCUUGCAGCAAAUGUGCUUUCAUGCUUGAUCGUAUCUAUAGAUUCGAUACCGUUAUUGCCCGGAUCGAAGCCCUUUCUAUUGAGCGCCUGCAGAAGCUGCUGCUGGAGAAGGAUCGCCUCAAGUCCUGCAUUGCCAGUAUGUAUCGGAAGAAUAAUGAUGACUCUGGCGCGGACACUAAAGCAGGGAGUGGGACCGUUGACAUUUCCGGCUUACCCGAUGUGAGAUACUCUGCCCUGCUCCAGGAAGACUUUGCCUAUUCUGGGUUUGAGUGCUGGGUAGAAAAUGAAGAUCAGAUUCAAGAGUCACACAGUUGUCAUGCGUCGGAAGGCCCUGGAAACCGACCCAGGAGAUGCCGUGGUUGUGCAGCUUUGCGAGUUGCAGAUUCUGACUAUGAAGCCAUUUGUAAGGUGCCUCGAAAAGUGGCCAGAAGUAUUUCUUAUGGCCCCUCUAGGUGGUCUACCAGCAUUUGCACUGAAGAACCUGCUUUGUCAGAGGUUGGGCCACCCGAUUUAUCAAGCACAAAGGUGCCCCCAGAUGGAGAAAGCAUGGAGGAAGGGACACCAGGUUCCUCUGUAGAAUCUUUGGAUGCUAGUGUCCAGGCUAGUCCUCCACAACAGAAGGAUGAGGAAACUGAGAGAAGUGCAAAGGAACUUGUAAAGUGUGACUGUUGUUCAGAUGAACAGGCUCCACAGCAUAUCUAUAAUCACAAACUGGAGCUAGCUCUUAACAUGAUUAAAGGUCUUGAUUAUAAGCCCAUCCAGAGCCCCCGAGGGAGCAAGCUUCCUAUUCCACUGAAAUCUAGCCCAUCUGGAGCCAAGCCUGGCCAUAUCAUGACAGAUGGAGUUAGUUCCAGUUUCAUUAACAGGUCUUUGAAACCCCUUUACAAGACACCUGUGAAUUAUCCCUUGGAGAUUUCAGACUUGCAGGAGCUGUGGGAUGAUCUCUGUGAAGAGUAUUUGCCACUCCCUGUCCAGUCCCUGCCUGAAGAUUUGGUACUCAAACAACAAAAGAGGAACUCAGAUGAGACCACUGUAACUCAGCAGUCUAUAUCUGAUUCCCACGUGGCAGAACUUCAGGAAAAACUCCAGCAAACAGAGGCCACCAACAAGACUCUUCAAGAGAAACUAAAUGAAAUGAGCUCUGAACUAAAGUCUGCUCAGGAGUUAUCUCAGAAGCAAGAUGGUACAAUUCAAAGCCUCAAGGAAACUCUGAAAAGCAGGGAAAAUGAGACUGAGGAGUUAUACCAGGUGAUUGAAGGUCAAAAUGACACAAUGGCAAAGCUUCGAGAAAUGCUGCACCAAAGCCAGCUUGGACAGCUUCAGAGCUCUGAGGGUACUUCCCCAGCUCAGCAACAGGUGGCUCUGCUUGAUCUUCAGAGUGCUUUAUUCUGCAGCCAGCUUGAAAUACAGAAGCUUCAGAGGGUGGUACGACAGAAGGAACGCCAACUUGCUGAUGCCAAGCGAUGUGUGCAAUUUGCGGAAGCUGCAGCAAACAAGAGUGAACAGCAGAAAGAAGCUUCUUGGAAACAUAACCAGGAAUUGCGGAAAGCUUUGCAGCAGCUACAAGGAGAAUUGCAGAAUAAGAGCCAACAGCUUCGUACCCUGGAGGCUGAAAAAUACAAUGAGAUUCGAACCCAGGAACAAAACAUUCAACACCUAAACCGUAGUCUAAGUCACAAGGAGCAGCUGCUUCAGGAAUUUCAGGAGCUCCUACAGUAUCGAGAUAAUUCAGAAAAAACCCCUGAAGCAAAUGAAAUGUUGCUUGAGAAACUUCGGCAACGAAUACAUGAUAGAGCUAUUGCUCUAGAGCGGGCUAUAGAUGAAAAGUUCUCUGCUCUAGAAGAAAAAGACAAAGAACUGCGCCAGCUUCAUCUUGCUGUGAGAGAGCGAGAUCAUGACAUAGAGAGACUGUGCAGUGUCCUCUCUUCUAAUGAAGCUACCAUGCAUAGCAUGGAGAGUCUCCUGAGGGCCAAAGGCCUAGAAGUUGAACAGUUAACUGCUACCUGUCACAACCUCCAGUGGCUACAAGAAGAAAUGGAAACCAAAUUUAGCCAUUGGCAGAAGGAACAAGAGAGUAUCGUUCAGCAGUUACAGACAUCUCUUCAUGACAGGAACAAAGAAGUGGAGGAUCUUAGUGCAACAUUGCUCUGCAAACUGGGACCAGGACAGAGUGAAAUAGCUGAGGAGCUCUGCCAGCGUUUACAGCGAAAAGAAAGGAUGCUGCAGGACCUCCUAAGUGAUCGGAACAAACAAGCUUUGGAACAUGAAAUGGAGGUUCAGGUUCUGCUUCAGUCUGUGAGCACCAGGGAGCAGGAGAGCCAGGCUGCUGCAGAGAAGAUGGUGCAAGCCCUAAUGGAAAGAAAUUUAGAAUUACAGGCUGUGCGCCAGCAUUUAGGAGGGAAAGACUUAAUGAUGACUCAAACACUCGUCUCUAACCAACAAGCUAAAGCUACUUCCAUGAGCCCCAAUCUGGGAGAGCAAACUGAUCAAGCAUCAAUGCAAAUACCCUCCAGAAAUGAUAGCACUUCCUUGCCUGCUAAAGAGGAUGCUAGCAUUCCCAGGUCCACAUUAGGAGACUUGGACACAGUUGCAGGACUGGAGAAAGAACUGAGUAAUGCCAAAGAGGAACUUGUACUUAUGACUAAAAAAGAAAGAGAAAGUCAGAUGGAACUUUCUGCUCUACAGUCUAUGAUGGCUGUACAAGAGGAAGAGCUACAGGUGCAGGCUGCUGAUCUGGAGUCCCUGACCAGGAACAUACAGAUAAAAGAAGACCUCAUAAAGGACCUGCAAAUGCAACUGGUUGAUCCUGAAGACAUACCAGCUAUGGAACGCCUGACACAAGAAGUCUUACUUCUUCGAGAAAAAGUUGCUUCAGUAGAAUCCCAAGGUCAAGAAAUUUCAGGAAACCGAAGACAACAGUUGUUGCUGAUGCUAGAAGGACUAGUAGACGAAAAGAGUCGACUCAAUGAGGCCUUACAAGCUGAGAGACAGCUCUAUAGCAGCUUGGUGAAGUUCCAUGCCCAUCCAGAGAGCUCUGAGAGAGAUCGAACUCUGCAGGUGGAACUCGAAGGGGCCCAGGUAUUACGCAGUCGGCUAGAAGAAAUUCUUGGAAGAAGCCUGGAGCGCUUAAGCAGACUGGAGACCCUGGCCGCCGUUGGAGGUGGGGAACUGGAAGGUGCAGCUGCAGGGGAUGACACUGAAGAUGCCAGCACUGAAUUCACUGAUAGUAUUGAGGAGGAGGCUGCACACAACAGCCACCAGCAACUUACCAAGGUGGCUUUGGAUAAAAGCUCGGCAACUGUGGAGACCCAGAACACAUCCCUUUCCCCUCCAUCCCCAGUAGGAGGGGACAGUAACAGGUGUCUUCAGGAGGAAAUGCUCCACCUGAGGGCUGAGAUCCACCAGCACUUAGAGGAGAAGAGAAAAGCUGAAGGGGAACUCAAGGAGCUAAAGGCUCAAAUUGAGGAAGCGGGAUUCUCCUCUGUGUCCCACAUCAGGAAUACCAUGUUGAGCCUUUGCCUUGAGAAUGCAGAGCUGAAAGAGCAGAUGGGAGAAGCAAUGUCUGAUGGAUGGGAGAUGGAGGAAGACAAGGAGAAAGGCAAGGUGAUGGUGGAGACUGUGGUCGCCAAAGGGGAUCUAAAUGAGAAUACCCUUCAGGCUGAGUUCAGAAAGCUCCAGGGAAAACUGAAGAAUGCCCACAACAUCAUCAACCUCCUCAAAGAACACUUGGUACUAAGCAGCAAGGAAGGGAAUAAUAAACUUACUCCAGAGCUCCUUGCACACUUGACCAGGGAGAUUGACAGAAUGAACACAAACCUGGUUUGUUCUCCUGGGAAGAACCAAUGCCAAGAGGAGGAGUUGACCACAAGGCCUUGCCCCAGACCCCAGAGCCUUGACCUUGGGGCCGCCCUGGCAGUGGAUACCCACCAAUUGGAUAACCAGUCUCAGGCCCAGGAUGGUAGGCCUCAAUCAGAAUUUAGCCUGCGUGGUUCUACCAAGCACCUGCGCUCUCAGCUGGCUCAGUGCAGACAAUGCUAUCAAGACCUUCAGGAGAAGCUACUGAUCUCAGAAGCCACUGUCUUUGCCCAGGCAAACCAACUGGAGAAGUACAGAGCCAUAUUUACAGGUGAAUCCCUUGUGAAGCAGGAUAGCAAGCAGGUCCAGGUGGAUCUCCAGGACCUGGGCUAUGAGACUUGUGGUCGAAGUGAAAAUGAGGCUGAACGUGAGGAGACCACCAGCCCUGAAUGUGAGGAGCACAACAGCCUCAGGGACAUGGUACUCAUGGAAGGGCUGUGCUCUGAACAAGGGCGCAUGGGCCCAGCCCUCACUCACCCUCCUGGGAAGAAGCCUUCAGAGAGCCGGCUAGGGAAGCAGGAAGAGUCCCAGGCAUAUGGAAAGUCAGAAAACAUCUCUGUUCUACAAAAGGACAUUAAAGAUCUAAAAGCCCAGCUGCAGAAUGCCAACAAGGUCAUUCAGAACCUCAAGAGCCGUGUCCGGUCUCUCUCGGUUACAAGUGAUUAUUCAUCUAGUCUGGAAAGACCCCGGAAGCUAAGGGCUGUUGGCACCCUUGAGGGGUCUUCACCCCAUAGUGUCACUGAUGAGGAUGAGGGGUGGCUGUCUGAUGGCACUGGGGCCUUCUACCCUCCAGGCCUUCAGGCCAAAAAGGAUCUGGAGAGUCUUGUCCAGAGAGUAUCCCAGCUGGAGGCUCAGCUCCCAAAAACCGGAAUAGAAGGGAAGCUGGCCGAGGAGCUGAGAUCAGCCUCGUGGCCUGGAAAAUAUGAUUCCCUGAUUCAGGAUCAGGCCCGAGAACUAUCCUACCUACGGCAAAAAAUACGAGAAGGGAGGGGUAUUUGUUAUCUUCUCACCCAGCAUGCAAAAGAUACAGUCAAAUCUUUUGAGGAUCUCCUAAGGAGCAAUGAUAUUGACUACUACCUGGGUCAGAGCUUCCGGGAGCAACUUGCCCAGGGAAGUCAGCUGACUGAGAGACUUACCAGCAAACUCAGCACCAAGGAUCAUAAAAAUGAGAAAGAACAAGCUGAACUUGAGCCACUGGCCCUCAGGCUCAGCAGGGAGCUGCAGGAGAAGGAAAAAGUGAUUGAAGUCCUGCAGGCCAAGCUGGAUGCCCGGUCUCUUUCGCCCCCCAGCAGCCAUGCCUUGUCUGACUUCCACCGUUCUCCCAGCAGCACCUCCUUCUUAUCUGAUGAGCUGGAAGCCUGCUCUGACAUGGACAUAGCCAGCGAGUAUACACACUGUGAAGAGAAGAAAGCUUCACCUGGUCACUCAGAUUCCAUCCAUCAUUCAAGUCUUUCUGCUGUAUUGUCUUCUAAACCAUCAGUAACCAGUGCUUCACAGGGGGUUAAGGCGGAGUCCAGCAGCAACCCCAUCAGCUUGCCAACUCCCCUGAAUGCCCCCAAGGAGGCCAACCAGGCCCAUCCAGGCUUUCAUUUUAACUCCAUACCCAAGCCGGUUAGCCUCCCCCAGGCUCCAUUGCCCUCAGCUCCAUCCAGUUUCCUGCCCUUCAGCCCCCUUGGUCCUCCCUUCCUUGGCUGCUGUGAGACACCAGUGGUGUCCUUGGCUGAGGCUCAACAGGAGCUGCAGAUGCUGCAGAAGCAGUUGGGAGAAAGUGUCAGCAGUGUUCCUCCAGCUUCCACAGCCACGUUGCCAGGCAGCCAUUCAGAAACCAGCUCUUCCCACUACCUCAACCCUGCCCAGUCCCACUCUCCAAUGAGGGGUGCCAUGGAAUUGGGCAGAAUCCUGGAUCCUGGAUACCUGGGUAGCAAUGGCCAGUGGGAUGUCAUGAGACCUCAGAAAGGGAGUGUCUCUGGGGACAUCUCUUCAGGUUCUUCAGUGUAUCAGCUUAACUCCAAACCCACAGGGGCUGACCUACUGGAAGAGCAUCUUGGUGAAAUCCGGAACCUGCGCCAGCGGCUGGAAGAGUCCAUCUGCAUCAAUGACCGCCUGCGGGAGCAGCUGGAACACCGGCUCAGUUCCACUGCCCGUGACAGUGGAUCCACCUCUCACUUCUACAGUCAGAGCCUGGAAUCUAUGCCUCAGCUCUACAAUGAGAACAGAGCCCUCAGGGAAGAAAACCGGAGCCUUCAAGCUCAGCUGAGUCACGUUUCCAGAGGGCACUCACAGGAAACAGAAUGCCUGAGGGACGCUCUGUUCUCCUCUCGAUCCCGCCUUCAAGAGCUGGAAAAGGAGCUGGAGCAGCAAAAGAUGGAGCGGCAGCAGCUUCUAGAAGACCUGCAGGAGAAGCAACAGGAGAUCUUGCAUUUCAGGGAGGAACGUCUGUCCCUCCAGGAAAAUGACUCCAGACUGCAACACAAGCUGGCCCUCCUGCAGCAGCAGUGUGAAGAGAAACAGCAGCUCUUCCAGUCCCUGCAGUCAGAGCUACAGAUCUAUGAGGCACUUUAUGGAAAUUCUAAAAAAGGACUAAAAGCUUUCAGCCUGGAUGGCUGUCACCAAGUUCCUUUGAACAGUGACUUGAACCACCUGGUGGCAGAGAUACGAGCUCUGAGAGGGCAACUAGAACAGAGCAUUCAGGUGAACAAUUGUCUGCGGCUACAGCUGGAGCAGCAGUUAGAUGGUGGUACUGGCAAAGGCAGCCUCAGCCCCUCCACUGUGAGCCAGAACUUCCCAACCAACCCUGACCCUGGAAAUAAGCAGUCACUCUUUCAAGAUUCAGUUACUUCCCCUCCAGUUCGUGAUGUUGGCAUGAAUUCUCCUUCUCUGGUCCUUCCCAGCUCUUCUUCCUCUUCUCCUGGCUCAGACACUGCCAUUGUCACCAGGAAAAAUGAGCUGGAAUCAGAUGCUCCUCAAGGAAUGAAGAACUCUCCCAAGCUGGAGGGUGAUACUACAGAUGGCUCCUUCGCCAACAAAAAUGGCCGCCAUGUCAUAGGCCACAUCGAUGACUAUACUGCUCUCAGGGAGCAGAUUGAGGAGGGAAAACCGCUGGUGCAAAAGAUCCUGUCUCUCCUGAGACCCACAUGCAACUUCCUGGGCCUUGAAUCUCAGAGCUCAGAGGCACCAGGCAACAAAGGAGUCCGUGAGCUACGCAGCAGUAUCAGCGCCCUACAACACACCCUAGAAGAGUCAGCCUCCCUCCUGACCAUGUUCUGGCGAGCGGCCCUGCCAAGUUCCCAAGGCCCUGCACUGCCUGGCAAAGCAGAUGAAUCAAUGGAAAGGGAGCUACUGGAUCUGCGAGCCCAAGUAUCCAAACAGGAGAAGCUCCUUCAGAGCACAGCUGAGCGUCUGAAGACUGCCAACCAGCAGAAGGAGAACAUGGAGCAGUUCAUCGUCAACCAGUUGACCAGGACACAUGAUGUUUUGAAGAAGGCAAGGACUAAUUUGGAGGCUUUUUCUACAUGUGCAUGUUUCAUGCUUGGCACUACUUUUCCUAGAAGAUGGCAAACUUCCCCGUUUUUUUGUUUUUCUUCAGACCACGUAACUUGUAGCAUGAACUGGCUCAUCCAGAGGAAAUGGUGAAAUCUCUAAGGCCCCUGCUGUGCACUCCAGCCUUGUGACCCUUGCCUUCCAGGAGCCACACAAGAAGCAAAGCCACCACAGGUCCUUAAAGCAUCAGGAAGAAUGGGCCUGCCCCUCUUUUGCACAACUACCUGUCUGCUGAGGAGAAUCUGGGCUUGAUUCCUCUAAAUCUGCUGGAGGUCUGAAGAUGCAGUCAGAGACGUGUCCUUGUGGGGUAGGCAGAAAGGUAGAAUGACUUCCUGGCAGUGAUGGAAUAACAGUAGCCAAAUUCCCCUGGGCCCAGCAUUAAGCAAAGCACAUGUGAGAUUGCGUAGUAGCACUUGUGACACUGCUUUUGAACAGCCUCAGUGGCAUAGCACCUGCCAGAGCAUGGUUCUCAUCUCAACAGCUAUCCUUAGAUGGUCAACGCGAAGGAAAUAGCUGCCUUCUACACAUGGGACAUGUGAUCCCAAUGCUGAAGCUCCUCCACAGUUAUAGAAGCACACUACUGAGCAGCAGUGCCCUGCUGGACAGUGUCAGUGGGGUUCAGUGAGCACUGGUCACAGAUCCGCACCUAACCAGGUAGCUCCUCUGGGGCAAGUCAGGCUGGACUUCAUGCUGUACCACCAGUUCUGAGAGCUUUGAUUCUGUGUGGGGAAUUGGUGACUUGUUAGAUGCCCUGUCAUGCUUAGCCUAGCAUGAUCUUCUUCAUUUCUUACAUGUUCUCCAAACUGUACUGUCCCUACCCCCAUUAGGUAUGUUAUCCCUUUGUCAUCCUAACUUCCCUCAGGCGAAUUGGGAACUGAUGGCCAUACCAAGCCUAUGGAAAGUCUUGCAUAUAGCAGCCCUCUGCUUGUUUUUAAGUGGUCUGGGCAAGGUCCUAGUUGUACUGAAGCCUAGUCUGUGUCUUCAGAGUGCUCCUAGGAUGUGGGUAUGUGUGUAUAAAUGUAUGAUAGAGAUUUAUUUAUGUUGCUGUAGCAAUAUGUUGAAGGCCAACGUAACUCAUGGAUGGGGAGGACGAGAGGAAACAAUCUUUUUUUGGUGGCUAUUAAAGAAAUAUGUGUAUAAGUAAA